UCCUGAUGCUGGCUGCCAGCCACAAGGGGUCAACAGCCCCUACCACCGAUGUUGUUACAGAUGUCAUUGACAUUCGCAGCGUCAACGAGGCCAAUCUUGUUCUGGAGACUCUAGAGAGGCGCGCAACGUGCGCUUCGUUUCAUCGCGUCCUCCACACCAUUGGGACAAGCCAACUGACGUGAGUGACAACUGUCUGUCCCUCUCUCUUUCUGUUUUCGCUUGUUUUUAAGCUACACAAAAGUUGUCAUUAGCCUUGUAGCCUCACUCUCUACACACACAUGCCUGCUGACUUUCGCAUAUACUUGUUUAGCGUUAUCUUUAUUACGCUGGGGACUGGCCUCACUAGGUCUGUCUGCAGCUAUGUCCACGGCCAGGACUGCGGCGACCUCGCUUAUAUCAUCCAGGCUGGCUUGGGUCUUGUCUAUGUGGCAGCUGGCUAUUUCUCAGGCGCCGUGGACGUGACCCUCCCAAUCAGGCGGGACAUAGACAAUGGUGGAGACACAGGCAUCCAUGCUGAGUACAGGGACUGGCUGCACGACGCUAUCGACGCCAGCAGCGGCCUCUCCUUUGACGACAUCACCAGCCUACCCUUUGACCCUGCCUUGGCCGCGCUUGCCAAGCGCGACACGGCUGACCCCGAUCUUGUGACUCGUGUGCAAAUCACAGGUCUUCGGGUCUCGAACGGCACCAGCACUACCCCAGCACAGGACGUCGUGGUCAACCUGUUCGCCGACAACACCACAGUGCUGCAUCUGCCUGUCAUCAGCUCCUCAUCCUACCCAACGGAUGGACUCGGCAAGAGGGUCAACAGCCCCGGCUUCAAGAUCUCGUUCACGACCCGCAUCCCAUCAAAGCUAUCCUACACCCAUAUGCAGGAGAUGGCGCUUGUCGGCGCGAUGGACUGGGGCAGCGCCGCCGGGCAAUAUCCCAUGAACGAAUGGAUUGGCCUUGCCAAGACAAACCACGACGCCAACUUCUACUACCGCAUCAUCCCCGAGACCUUUUCGAUGGACUACAGUUACGAGAGCGUUGACAUAUGUGGUCAAAUGGGUGUCUAUCUCUAGAAGGAAGACCAGAAGUUGAAAGAUAAGACCGGAUCAGCUAAAGAUAUAUCACCUUCG